GAUGGAAAACAACAACAAACCGAGCGAGCAUGACAUCACCGAGGCAGUGGCGCAGCGGUCUGUUGCGAACCCGAGCGAGAACGGCGUCCUGACGGUGAUCAACCACGGUGAAGUCCAUCCGCCCUUCAGCGUGCUGUGGGCCACCGUCCUGUACUGCGCCGAGUUCAUCUGCGCCUCGGUGCUCAGCAGCAUGUACCAUAAGACUGAAGAUGUGGUGUGGAUGGGGCUGACCAUCACCUUCAUGCUGGUGCCGUCGGUUCUGAUCCAACUCACGCUGACGUUCGUGCACCGGGACCUGGGGAGAGACCGACCCCUUGUGCUUUUCAUGCAUCUGCUUCAGAUGGGCCCCAUCAUAAGGUGCAUUGAAGCUCUUGUUGUUUACUGCCAGGCGGGUAAAAAUGAGGAACCAUAUGUUACAAUAUCAAGAAAGAUCAAGCUAAAGCAUGGCAGAGGCUUAGGCCCGGCCUUCGAAUGUGAGAUCGGACACUCCGAGCGCAAGCUAGCCGUCCACCGCAAUGCCUUCAAACGCACAGCAGUCAUCCAGGCCUUUCUUGGCUCCACUCCUCAACUCACUCUACAGCUCUAUGCCACCAUUCAGGAGAAAUACAUCCUCCUCCCUUCACGCCUAGCCCUGAUGAUCAUUUCCCUGAUAUCGAUCACAUACGGGGCUUUAGUGUGCAGCGUUCUGGCCAUACAGAUCAAGUAUGACGACUACAAAGUGCGAAUGAAACCUACUGCCUACCUGUGCAUGAUCCUCUGGCGAGGGUUGGAGAUCGCCACACGGAUCACUACCUUGGUGCUCUUCAGUACGGCGUUUACAGUUUGGGUGGUCCUGGUGGGCCUGAUCAACCUCUUCAUCUUCUUCUUCCAGCCAUGGGUUGAGUUCUGGGCUAGACGUGCAUCGCUGCCUGAAAACGUAGAGAAGAACUUCAGUAAACUGGGCACUACCGUGGUGCUCUGCAUGGUGACGUUUCUCUAUGCCUGCAUUAAUAUUUUCUGCUGGUCUGCUGUGCAGCUAAACCUUGCCGACCAUGAUCUGGUGGAGAAACAGCCCCGCUGGAGGAGCUUGGCAGUCUAUUACGCCCUACGCUUCGUGGAGAAUGUGACCCUCAUCGUCUUGUGGUACUAUUUCAAAUCAGACUUCUAUGAAUAUGUGUGCACGCCACUGUUGGUAGUGCAACUCAUCGUGUGCUACAGCCUGGCAGUGCUCUUCAUGCUGCUCUUCCAUCAGUUCUGCCAUCCGUGCCGGAGACUUUUUCACUACAACGUCGAGGACUGUCUACGCUGCGCUUGCUGCUGGAGGAAAAACCAAUCAAAGCCACUAGCAGAGCAAGCCGAUGGUCCUCAGGUGGAGGCGCCUCCUGACCUCACUAACCAUUUGACUGAUAAAGAAACCGAUAUUUUAGACGAUAUCAUGGAGGCUGCAUGAAAUAGGCCUGUCGUUCUGUUAUUGUAGAGCUGUUUGGGGCCAUGAUCGGCGUAUUUGCACAUAUCCGGACUCAGGAGUAUUAUAUAGAGAUCAUGCUUUAUCUACUGUACUUCGUGAAGGAACAAUUGAUUUUAUAUGGUCCUAUGAAAGCUUCAGGAUUUUUUUUUGUUUUACGCCAUUUAGAGAGAUCCUCCAAAAAACGGAGGUGUAGCGCAUGAUAAUAAGCUUAUAAUGUUGGUGUGGUGAGGGUAGCUCAUCAUUUAUUAAUUGUAGAGUGCUGAGUUCUUCAUUGAAGACCAAAGAACGCCCUUGGUUGAGUUAUGCUGUGAUGAUUCACAAAGGCAGCUUUCAUUAGGAAGCUGCACGGCCAGUCUGUUGGCCAGGUGUGUGGGAGAUGAGCCAGUUUUGGAGCAUUGAAAACCGGUAACAUUUUGGCAUCUGUUGCACUAACCUUUUCCUAGGAACUGGGAUUCAACAAGCCAAAGAGCCUUCUUAAAUUGUUCUUAAGUUUGCAUUAGUAGCCUUGUGUUUUUAAAUAAAAAAAAUCUGUAUUGAGAGCGCCUUUAAUGUUCUAAACCCGCAUUUGCCUUAAUAAUGUGUGAUAUUGAAUAGACUAACGCUCUUCGUUUUUUCACUACUAAUGAUUGUUUGUUUGUUUGUUUUGUAUGGAAAUACUUUUUGCCUGUGUGGUUUUGCCUGACUUAUGUGCCUCUUUACUACUGAGUUUAAAAAUAUGAAUAAAGAUGCAUUGAAUAUCUGAA